GUCACCUCGUGCUUAAAAUAGGCAGCCCAUAAAUUUAACACACAUAUAUAAAUCGGGGCGAAAAACAUUGAAGCCGGCCUGAACUACACUUCCCGUCCCGCCCCGCGCGGCGACGCGUGCGCCGUGGCCCUAUGCGUGGUCGCGUCAGCGAUGACGUAACGUCGGCAGCGCCCGCCCGCCCCCUUUCCCCUUUGGCGUCGCCGGGCAACGGCCCGCCAACAAGAUGGCGGCGCUCCGCCCCUGAGAGGAGAAACCGGCGCGGCGCUUUGAAAGGCUUGGAGAUGCCGCUGCCACCGCCGUCCCCUCGGUCGCCGUCGCCGCUGUCGUCGCAGAGCAGCCAGUCGUGCCGAGACCUCAGCCACGCUUCCCUGGAGGACCGCAUGGCGCUAGCGCGGUCCUGGGUGGCGGCGCCGCCUUCCGUCACCUUCUCGCUCCUCCGCGCCGGCCAGGAUGAGCGGCUCCCGCGGGGACAGGAGGAGGAGCUGCCGGAGAACGAGGAGGAGGAAGAGGAGGAGGAGGAGUCCACCGAGUCGGAGCCCGAACCGGAGCCCAUGGAGGAGGUGUUGUUUGACGGUAUGUUGACUGAAGCUACCAUUGCCGAAGCCCUCCACACCUUGGGCCCUUCCGCCUCAGGCACGGAGCGUGUCUACCUUCACCUGUCGCUUUCGGAUCAUCUUUUGAGUGACGUCCAUAUUCUUUCGAGAUACAUUCAUCUCGAAAAGCUCAACCUUUCCUACAAUAAAAUCAGCGAUCUCUCUUGCAUCAGUUCCAUGCCUUACCUGUUGGAACUGGAUGUCUCCCAUAAUGCGCUAACCACCUAUUUUGGCUUCCGACCACCGACGAAUCUCCAGGUGGCUAAUUUUUCCUACAAUGACAUUCCAAAAAUGAAAGACCUUUCCGAUUAUCAGUCCCUCAAAAAGCUCAUACUGGACAAUAACAGCAUCACGGAGAUUGAGGGCCUGGAGAAUUGCCACAGCCUGACCUACCUCAGCUUGGCGAACAACAAGAUCAAAGCAAUUACCGGCUUGAAAAAUUUGCCCAUCAAAACUCUCUGCCUGAAAUCGAACCAGAUCGAGAAAGCGGUGGGCUUGGAAGAACUCAAGGUGUUACAAGUCUUGGAUUUGUCCAGCAACCAGAUCAGCAGCUUGGAGGGCCUGGAAGACCACAACCUCCUGCAGGACAUCAACCUGGAAGAUAACCAGGUGUCUGAACUGAGCGAGCUGGAAUAUAUUGAAUCUCUGCCUCUGCUGAGAGUGUUCAACCUCCUGAAGAAUCCCGUUCAGGACCACGAAGAUUAUUGGCUCCUGGUGAUUUUUAUGCUGCUCCGUCUGACCAAGCUGGACCACAAGAAGAUCUCCGCGGAGGAAAAGGUUGCCGCUGUGAACAAGUACGACCCCCCUCAAAAAGUGGUGGCUGCUCAGGACCACAUGACUAACAUCAUGUACAGAAUGAUGCAACCCCAACACAUCUUCAACAGCACCCUACCCAGCCUUGAUGCCCCCUACCCCAUGUUGGUGUUGACUGGACCUUUGGCCUGCUGGAAGCGAGAACUGUGUCACAGGCUUUGUCGGAAGUUCAACAACUAUUUCAGAUACAGCCCCUGUCAUACCACCAGGAGCCCUUAUUUUGGAGAAGAGAACAGAUUAGAUUACUAUUACAUAUCUCAGGAGGAAUUUGACAAGAUGGUGGUCACGGGGAAAUUCAUCGUCACUUUCAAAUAUAACGGCUUCUACUACGGGCUGAGCCGAGAGAUCAUUGAAACCAUCGCCAGGGAGGGGCUGGCAACCUGCGUGCAUUUGGAUAUAGAGGGUGUCAGAAGUUUGAAGAAUUCCUACUUCGUGCCACGAUACAUCCUGCUGAUUCCGGUGAACAAAGAGAAAUAUGGGGGCCACCUCCGAAGGAUGGGGUUAUUCAGCAGACCGGAGAUUGAGGAAGCUCUCCGUAAUGUGGACAUGUACACCCGAGUGAAUCAGGAUUUCCCAGGCUUCUUCGAUGCUGUCAUCAAUGUAGAUGAUUAUGAUGAAGCCUUCUCCAAACUUAGCAGUCUCCUGGAAGAGUUCCUGGGGCUGGUGCAACCUUCUGAAUCCAAAGCCACGGUUCCUGCAGUGGACAGCAAACACCUUUCAGCUCCCAGCAAGGAGUCGUCUGCAACUCUGAAGGUAAGCAACGUCAGAGGGACCGAUGGUGUCGCCCCGUCACCUACUCCCGACGAAUUUAUGGAUUCUUCAGCCAAAAAUUACUCCGCCAAAAUAUCAGCCCAGCUUUCAGCGCAGAAGACCCUGGUGCCCUUAGGAGGAGUUAUGGUUUGGCUAAUCUAGCGAAAAGAAGAACUAGCGGGGACAUCAUAGCUGUCUUCCAAUAUUUGAGGGGCUGCCAGAAAGAAGACAGGGGAUCAACCUCUUCUCCAAAGCACCAGAAGGCAGGAGAAGAAACAAUGGAUGGAAACUAAUCAAAGAGAGAAGCAACCUGGAAUGAAGGAGAAACUUCCUAACAGUGAGGACAAUUAGCCAGUGGAACCCCUUGCCACCAGAAGUUGUGGGUGCUCCUGGAGGUUUUUACGGAGAGACUGGACAGCCACACAUCUGAAAUGGUAUGGAGUCUCCUGCUUGAGCAAAGGGGUUGGACUAGAAGACCUCCAAGGUCCUAUUCUGACCGAGAAGCAAGAGGAGGAACCUCACCAAAGCCAGAUGGCGAUGGUGGGAGAACGUUCUAGAGUGACGGUGUCACAAUGGGGAAUUUCAUCCCUGGAGGUCUCCGUGCUAGGAUGGUCAGGGCCCAUCCUCCCAUAUCUACAGGUGCCCCUCCAGAUGGAGAAGAGGAGUCGGAAGCCAAUCCGCUAUCCCCCGGUCAGCAGAAGGCUUUCGUUUUGGAGAGAGGUAGGUGGCCGAAAGGGAAGCCUCCUGCCUCGGUUUCUCCCAUUGGAUCCUGGCCUUCAAGGAGGAGGCAGCAGCAGACCCCUCUUCGACCUCCAUGCCCAGGAGAAAGUUUAGAGGCCUAGGUUGGUUGGAUAGGUUUGAGGAAAAACAAGAGAGCCAAACAGUGAGUACCAGUAAUACCACUUUACAAGGCCUUGGUAAUUUCACGCCUGGAAAAUUGCAUCCAGCUUUGGACGCCACGCUAUAAAAAAGAUGUCUAGAAAGAGUGCAGAGAAGAGCAACAAAGAUGAUUAGGGGACUGGAGGCUAAAACAUAUGAAGAACAGUUGCAGGAACUCGGUGUGCCUAGUUUAAUGAAAAGAAGGACCAGGGGAGACAUGAUAGCAGUGUUCCAAUAUCUCAGGGGUUGCCACAAAGAAGAAAGAGUCAAGCUAUUCUCCAAAGCACCUGAGGGUAGAACAAGAAGCAACGGGUGGAAACUAAUCAAGGAGAGAAGCAACUUAGAACUAAGGAGGAAUUUCCUGACAGUUAGAACAAUGAAUCGGUGGAACAGCUUGCCACCAGAAGUUGUGAGCGGUCCAACACUGGAGGUCUCUUUAACCCAUUUGUCUGAAAUACUAUAUAGGGCUUCCCGCCUGAGCCGGAGGUUGGACUAGAGCAAAGGUCACCAAACUUUCGGACCUCAGGGACCACUAAGGUCAUAAUUUUAAAUCCCGUGGACCACUAAUGCGAUCUGCCUAAUGACCGACUGAGUGGGCGUGGCAAGGUGAUCAUGUGACUGGGUGGGCGUGGCCAACUCAAUGUCACGUCGAGGGGCAUCUUGCCAGCCACUCUCGCUACUCCUCGCCUCCCCACCCGGGGCUCUUUAGGGCCCCAACGGGAAGCAGUUGCUGGAGCUAAGCAGCCACCACGAGAAAGAGUCGGCAAAACAGCUGGCUCAGUUCAAAUUGGAUUGAGCGAGAAGGAGGCUCAGCAGAAGCACCUCACUGAGGACUAGGAGCUUAGGCUUUCCAAGCAGAGGGAAGACCUGCGGGAAUGCAAGGCCAGGUACGGGCGCCUGGAGGCCCAGCAGGCUGAGAUGGUCAGCCAGUUCCAGGCCAUGAUGCAGUCCCACUGGAACAAGGCCCUCCGGCUCUUCGCCAUCAGCGGCAAUUCCCUCCAGCCUUCGCCCAAAGCCCCACACCAGGAAGCUGAAGCAGACCCCAAGUCAGAAUUUCUGCCCCCCUCCAACCCACACAAAAAGACCCCCAAGGGGGGAGACUCUCUGCAGCAGCACAAACGUUCGUUGCACAUAUCCAGCCCAGCGGCCGUAGUUUGAGGACCCCUGAUUUAGUGCAAUAUAAAAAAAUGCAAAUAAUUUUUCUGGGGACCACCAAAAUUUUCUCAUGGACCACCAGUGGUCCAUGGACCACCAGUUGGUGACCACUGAACUAGAGGACCUCCAAGGUCCCUUUCAACUCUCUUAUUCUGAAACGCAAUUAACCAUUGCACCUAAGAUGCAUUGAAUUCUGCUAAGGUAAAGUAGACAGUACCAGCUUAAAACUGGUGAAUUAUUUUUAUACUUUGCCUCGUUGAGUUAUUGUCUGAGUGAAAUUUAGUGGUGAGGGGUAGGGAAAAAUGUAUGUUGCCCAACGUUCCUUGAAGAAUACUUUUAUCCUGGAUAAUUGUUCACCAUCUGGGAUUCUUUAGCUCCUGGUUUUCUCUAGAGCUUUACGUAUAAAUUGAUGAUGGUUAGGACAGCAUGGCGUAUUGCCAGGUUUCUAAAUCUUGGCAACUUUCAGAUGGGUGAACUUCAACUCCCAGAAUUCCCUAGUCACCGUGCUUUGGGUGGACUUCAGUUCCCAGAAUUCCCCAGCCAGCAUUCUUUAAGAUGAGUGGAACAACUCCCAGAAUUUCUUAGCCAGCAUGCUUUAAGAUAGGUGGACUUCGAUUCCCAGAAUUCCCCAUCCAGCAUGGUUUAAAAUAGGUGGACUUCAACUACUAGAAAUCCACAGCCAGCAUGCUUUAAGGUGGGUGGACUUCGAUUCCCAGAAUUCCCCAGCCAGCAUGGUUUAAAAUAGGUGGACUUCAACUACUAGAAAUGCUUUAAGAUGGGUGGACUUCAACUCCCAGAAUUCCCUAGCUAUCAAUCUUUAAGAUGGUGGGGUGGAUGGGGAAUUUCCAUGUUCAGACUCUUGGAAGUCCACCCAUCUUAAAAGUUAUCAAGAUUGGGAAACACUGCCUACCGGUCACAGAAAUUGGGUUAUCUCAGGGGCCAAGCUCCAAGUUCACCUCCAGCCAACGAAGCCAGGGAGAUACCUUCAUGUGGGGGUUUUGAAGAAGUCCCAUGAACUUUCCACCAAGACCAUUCAGCCAAGAUGGAGGGGGGUCUUUUCUUCCAUGGGGUCCUUCUUCUCAACCCUCACUUGCCUGUUCUUUCCUCCCCGCCUCCGUCCGAAGGAUGGCUUAAUUAGCCGGCUCUUAUCAGCUCUGCCAGCGUCUGCCAAAAAGCCCUCGUUAGCUGUCAAGACGCUGGUGAGUCACAACCUUCAGCUCUAGUCAAGCAGUGGAUUUGCCUGAUACAAAGAGACACACCAGCUGUCGUGUCCCCCUCCUCCGCUGACGGCCGGGUCAGGGAAAUCCGAAUCAGGCUUGCCUCUGCAGCUCUGCCCAAAGUCCUAGCAAAGUCCUCAGAGCAGGCAGGAGACCAGUAAGUGACUUCAGCAAGAUAAGUUCGACUUUGCCUGACUCAGAGACUGCCAGAAAGCAGAUCCUUUAUAUAGGCCAUGGGGUGUGGCUCCAUGACUCAGCACUCAUUAAGGCCUGCCCCUCCCUUCCUUCUGUUGCCUCCGCCUAUCCAAUCUUCUGAUGCAAGGGUCACUCCAAUCAGCUGUUGUUGGAAGUAAACUUUCCUCAGGCUCACAUGCUGUGGAGGAGGGGGAGGGGUCUAGCUGCUCCGUUUGCCUGGGCAUGGAGCCAGGGCUGGGGCCGGGGGAUGCUCCCUCCUCUGCAGCCUGCUUGGGCAUGGAGCCAGGGCUGGGACCGGGAGGUGCCCCCUCCUCUGCAGCUUGUCUGGGCAUGGAGCCAGGACUGGGGCCGGGAGGCAUACAUUCCUCCGUGUUCGGGAGCAGAUAAGCAGACCCCGGCUGUGGUGAGAGCGGACAAGACACAACACCAGCUCUUGCUGUCUUUUAUAUCCUGUGGGGUGUGGCUCCAUGACUCAGCACUUCCUAGGCCUGCCCCACCCCUGCUUCUAUUGUUUUCUUCUCUCCUGCCUACGAAACCUGGGAUUGAGCCAAGCUUGAUUGCUGUCAGCUGGGUCUGCAGGCGUGGCCUGGGGGGGGGGAAGAGUCAGGAGAAGGAGGCCUCGUUAUCUCCUCCACCUGGCCUGCCUCUGGCUCCUGGAGCUGAUCCAGGGAGGCUGGUGCUUCCGAGGUAAGUCCUGAUGGCCCUUCCCCCUCACUGUCUAAAUCACUUUCUGGCAGCGGGCCCGGCUCCAAGGCAUUUCCGGGCAUGGGGCCAGGUUCGGGGGCAGGAGCCACAACACUGCCAUUGGUGUGUCUAUCUGACCACCAAUGGCUGCCCCCCAGGGGAACAAGUGACCUCAUGGGUGCCCUAACAUUACCAAGG